AAAAAAGCAAAAAAAGAAGGAAAAAACAUGGGCCCAGAGGUUAGGGGCCACAUAAUGUAAUCCAAUCUAAACCGUUCGUGUACGUAAGUCGCUUUUCUGUAGCGAGUAUGGGAAAGAAAGUUAUUCUCUCCCGAAAACUAGAGCAAAUCAGAAACCCCAAUAAAAACCCGAGAAGGUGAAAAAAAUGGGUGAAAGCAUAAGCAAAGGCAAGAGAGGAAAAGGGGUUCGCUAAACAGCCAACGUUUUAUUUCGUCCUGCUACUGGCUAGGGUUUAAAUCAGGGUUUCUUUUUCUUGUCACUCUUCCACCAUCAACAGCCAAUGGAUAGAUACCAGAAAGUAGAGAAGCCAAAGCCUGAAUCACCCAUUAACGAGAAUGAGAUCCGAAUCACUUCUCAAGGCGCUAUUCGAAACUACAUCAACUAUGCUAUUGCUCUUCUUCAGGACAAACAUGUGAAGGAAAUUGUCUUGAAAGCAAUGGGGCAGGCAAUCAGUAAGACAGUAGCAAUUGCGGAGAUUUUAAAGAAAAGGGUUCCUCGCUUGCAUCAAGAUACUGCAAUUAACUCUGUGAGCAUAACUGAUAUUUGGGAACCUAUUGAAGAGGGCCUUGUUCCUGUGGAGAUGACUCGUCAGGUCUCAAUGAUAUCUAUCACCUUGUCAACCAAAGAGCUUAACAAAAACUCUGUUGGGUAUCAAGCUCCACAUUAUGCUGAACAACCCAAGCCACAAUAUCAUUAUCAGCAGCAGCAACCACCCAAACAAGCUCGUCUGCCAUAUAAUGCUGUUAAUGAAGAUUCAUAUGGCCAAGGAAGGGGUCGUGGUAGAGGCAGAGGGAGAGGGCGGAGUUGGGGCAGGGGUGGAUACUCAAACUAUGGAAAUUAUCAAGAUAAUGAUGGAUACUCAAACUGGGGCAGAGGUGGUGGGCGAGGAAGAGGUUGGGGUUAUCGUGGUGCUGAUUAUGAAAGAGGUAGAGGUGGUGGUAGAGGCUAUAGCCGUGGCCGUGGAAGGAUGGGUGGUGGUGGUCGAUCAAGGGGUGGUGGCUACUAAAGCACAAUCAAAGGACCCAUAAAGCUCGUGUUGUCCCCCCCCCCCUUUUUUAGCUAGAUGCUUGCCUUGGUCAGUGGGAAAUUAUGGAAGUAGGUGUGUUUAUAAUAGCGUGAGAUUGUGGGUUAAAAUCUCAAGCAUUGUUAAGCAGUGGUUUUGUGUUUCUGCCUGGCAUCAUAUAUGGAUGAGGGAAAUGAUUUUAUUUCGCAUUUAGCCAAGGCCAAGAGGAUGGGUUUAUGAUUUGUGCUGUAUUUCAAGUUUAUAUGUAAAUAUUUGAUUUCUUUA